CUCUCUAAACCAUGGUACGGCUCGAAGCCUCAAACUGUAAAAAGCAGGAGGAACACUUGAAACAGCAAAUCCCCAAAUCCUGCGAUUCAAAAAACACAAGGCGGUGCAGAAGAGAGAGAGAGAGAGAGAGAGAGUACCCAUCGAUCGUGCUUCAAAAAAAAUAUUCUGCGAGAGAGAGAACCACCUACUGUGCUCUGUGAGAGAUAGACAGAGAGUAUACCAUCUAUUGUGCUUCAAAAAUUCUUCCCUGAGAAAGAGAGAGAGAGAGUCCUGCCAGAUGACUACAGCUACGGCGGCAGCGGAGACGAGCUGUGAGGUGGUGCUGAAGGCGGAAGGAGCAGAGGGUGAUGCUCCAUUUCAGCUGGGCGAGGUGAAAAUGAACUUCCAUCAUCGCCGCCAACAGGACGACGAGGAGUACCAGCAUGAAAUGUUCAGAGGAUUGAAGAAAAGCAGGAGGGCCAGAGGUUCUACAGCGAAGGAACGGAUCAGCAGGAUGCCGCCCUGCGCCGCCGGGAAGCGGAGCUCAAUUUACAGAGGAGUCACCAGGCAUAGAUGGACAGGGCGUUAUGAAGCUCAUCUUUGGGAUAAGUCUUCAUGGAAUCAGAACCAAAAUAAGAAGGGGAAGCAAGUCUACUUAGGUGCAUAUGACGAGGAGGAAGCUGCUGCUAGAGCUUAUGAUCUUGCUGCACUUAAAUACUGGGGACCUGGAACACUCAUUAAUUUUCCUAUUAGCGACUAUGCAAGAGAUAUUGAAGAGAUGCAGAAGAUAUCAAGAGAGGACUAUCUUGCAUCUCUCAGGAGAAAAAGUAGCAGCUGCUCUAGGGCAAGCUCAAAGUACCGUGGUGCAUCUAGACAAUCACAGAAUAGCCAAUGGGAUAUCAACCUUGGUCAGGUUCUUGAUAACAAAUACUUCGGCAGUGGCAUGUGUGGUACAAGCGCUGAUGCCACAACAGGGUGCGAUUAUGGUAGUAAUUUUGUGUUGGGAAGGAGGAUUGAUUUAACAGCCUACAUCAGAUGGUGGAAACCUUGCAAACCCCUUGGGGCACCAUCUACUUCAAAAGAUAGCCUCUUGUCCAAAGAAAGCAAGACAUUAGGAUGGACUAAUCAACAUACUGAGCCCUACCAGCUUCCCAUCCUAGGUGUCUCUUGUAGAGGAAAACCUCACACAGUUGUAACUGCAUGUGGCAUCUUAUCUCAGUCUAGUGCUUUCAAGUAUAUGAGGGAGAAACUGAAAGCAAGGCAGGAGGGCGUUACAAGUGGCUAUAAGAUCACAGAUUCAGAGCUUAAUAGUGUAGGAAAGAGUGAGAUGCCUUUAGAAGUUCCCAUGUUGAGCACAUAUAGUCUUCAAAGAAAUCCAUAUUCAGUUCUCACCCUUCCAUCUACCCAUGUAAUGGGUGAAUGCAGCUCCAUCGACCCUCUGGCUGACUCUAUUCUUUGGAGCAGCAUUUUUCCUCCUGCAGGUCUCUCAUUGACAGCUACAUUUCAGCUUCAGCAAAGUGAUCCUAACUCCGCAUGUACAUUCUACAGCCAGGAAUGAACCUCUUUUCAGCAUUAUAAAAUUAUGAUUCUGUUACACCUUUGUACCAUUUCAAAUGUAGCAAUCAUAGCUAUUAGAUGAUCUUUUUUCUCAAUGUAAAUUGCAUAGCCCUGAGACAUAAUAGUCCUCUACUUAGAAUUACCUUAAUUCUUGUACCUAUUGUCAUAGUUGGCGUUCUGAUGAUUUCAAUAAAGCUAUUUGUUUUCUUUC